AUGAAUCCGCAUGUUCUACGAUUUGAGGGACAACCAAAUGACGAGUCAAUCCACUAUUCUACUAUACCUGACUCGGAAGAGAUAGACCCAAGUCACUCGUCAAGGGAUGAAACUCUUUCUGAUGAUGUUGAUGGAAUUGACAUGGAUGACAUGUUUGGUCCUCAAUUGCAACAUAUAUUUCAAACCAACGUCCCAGUCGACCGGCGUAUCAAGAGCGACCUCUUACAACAUCAGAAAGAGGCAAUCGGGUUUAUCUCCCAGCUAUUUGAAGCCGGUAUUGAUGCUGGCUACAGUUAUCAGCAUGUCUUCAAUGGCGAGAGGUGCGCAAAGCCACAAGAAGCCAGAGGUGGAAUUUUGGCUGAUGAGAUGGGCCUAGGAAAGUCACUGGUGACGCUGGCAGUCAUCGCCGGUUCUCUCGACGAGGCGGAGAGAUUUGCAGGACGACAGGAACAAUCGGACGUUUCCCAGAAGAAGAAUCUAACUCAGGCGACACUGAUCGUGGUUCCAUCAACCUCUCAUUACAUCCGCAAUCGCACCACCAAGCAGUUCCAAGCCGUUGUCAACUUGUCAUCCCAGCACCGCUGGUGUCUUACUGGAACGCCUAUUCAAAAUUCAAUUGAAGACUUGGGCGCUCUGGUCGCCUUUCUCAGGGUUCCGAUCCUUGAUCGGGUUGCAGCAUUUCGCAAGUUCAUCUCGACCCCCACAUCCUCAGGCAAGAAAGAUCGUUUUCAUAAUCUCCAAACACUUCUCCACGCAAUCUGCAUUCGAAGGACAAGAGAUGUUUUAAACCUGCCAGAGCCUACUACAGAAACCCGAAAGCUUCCGAUGUCAUCCACAGAGAAAACGCAGUACAGAGAUCUGCUUCAUGAAUGCAUGACAAAGAUUGAUAUGGCGAUGGAGGCAUUUACCUCUCUGGCUGCCGUCAUUUGUGUCGUCUUCUCGAGUUGGAAAAAGACUCUCUAUAUUGUUGCUGAGCUUCUCUCCAGCAAUGGAAUCAGAUACAGCAUGAUAGAAGGCUCUCUUUCUUUAUCAAAACGUCUGCAAGAACUACAAAGAUAUCAAAAUCAAAAAGAAACAAACGUUCUCCUAAUGACCCUUGGAACGGGUGCUGUUGGUUUGAAUCUUACAACCUCGUCGCGUAUCUAUCUUCUUGAGCCGCAGUGGAACCCAUCGAUUGAAGCUCAAGCAAUCGGUCGAGCCCUUCGACUCGGUCAAGUCUCCAACGUGACCAUUAUUCGGUACAUUAUGGAAGGCACUGUUGAGGAGGUGGAGUAA